AUGUCGUUCAGUCAAACAAGACCUCGAACAUCGCAGUUGGUGGAGCUCCAUGUUUUUUAUGUCCCAGAAGAAGUGUGGAACUUCAAGCUGAAUACAGUUCCUGUAUCUCUUACUAGCAAAUUCAUCUCAGCUGGAUUUAUAAGGGUGUCUCCUCACAUCACACUAAGAGUGCUACGGGAGAAGCUUGGAGAGUACCUGGGUGGAGUUGCAGUUGCAGAUAAAUUCAAAUUUUUAAAAUGCAUUGGGAAAAAACUAGCAGUGGUGAAAGCAAAGCAAGAAACAGAACUGGAACUGGAAUCAUUUGUUCCUCCUCAUGCACUUUAUCCUGAAUUAUAUUUAUUACCUGGAGUGGAAUACUUUGAAGAUGUUUAUCCAUUAUCAUCAUCAUCAACUCAACAAAAACAUCACUUUAAUGCAGAAGCUAAUAGGUUUGGUCAUAGAUCAAGAUUAUCCAGUCUUCCCCAACCAAAACCUGAAAAAAACAAUCAAUUUUUAGAAAGCAUACAAAGCAGUCAUCAGCUAGAAAACCAGGAAGUGCACAGUCCUGUGGAAUGGGGUGAGAAAGGCCCUGUUCCAGUUUUGCACACAAAACAUAAGGAAGACCAUAACAAAGCGAUUCAAGCAAAACAGACACAGUUUAGAGAAAAAGAUCAAAAUGGAUCCAGUGGAUCUCUUUUCACACCAGGCCAUUCAAAUCCUGCAGAUUGGGAGUCUGGAAGGAGCGAUAUGGUAUUCCAGACCUCUCAGCAAAAUGGUCUCAGCCAAGACCAAAACCAGCAUCACACUCCUAAGUGGAAUGACAAAGCCAAAGAAACUGCUUUUACUCUCCAUGAAAACCACAGUGAUGAACAAGGCCAGAAUAACCAAACACCCCAAAAUCAUAUUAAGUAUCGAAAGGUUUGUAGGGGAUCUUCAGUCUCUGAAAGGCAGAAAUUGUUAUCUGUAUAUUUUGAUCAUCACUAUCCUGUCACAGAAUUAACAAACAUGGAAAAUAAUGACCACCAAAAAGAUACCAAACUAAGAAGAGACAGAACACAGGAUGCUGGAAUUCUUAAAAUAAUGGGAGACCAAACUACAGAAUUUGUACGCAAAAACCAAAGCUUGCAGCAAUACAGAACUAGCAAGUCUAUAGCUGAUCCUGGUGAAAAACUGGAUAAUCAGGCAGAUGAAAACAAGCAAGAUCAUCUUACUUGUCCGAAAGAAUACAUUUCAUCUCCUAGUCCACCUUUUAUGGCACUCUCUGUAAAUCCAGCUCAAGUUCCUUCAAUUCAGGUAACAAAAAACAAGAUGGUAGAACAAUUGCAACAAACAAAGAAAGACAGAAGGCACAUGGAAAAAACUAGAGAAGAACUGAUCAAAAAAGCUAAAGGGCUACUGGAACAAAAUAAGCUGAGGAGAUACCACGUUCGUGAAGAAUGGAAAAAGAAGUACUUUGAAACUAAGAAAGCUACAGUUUCACUCGAGGACGCUUUAAACAAACUGCGACAAGAUUUAGAGCUUUACCACCAGAAAUUACUCUUACAAUUGGAAGCCAGAGAUAGCCGAAAACAACCAAACAAUAUGGCAGACUCCAAGAAUUACACAAUCAUCCGGAUUACUACAGUGCAGCAUGAUCUUGAUCAACUGAGGAGGAAGCUGGAUGAUACAAAAAUGAAACUCAUAAUAGAAAUUAAGAUGAGAAAGCAGGCAGCAGCAGAUUUACGAGCAUUGAGAGCAGAACUGACACAGAAGAAGAUUCAUUCAGCUUUAAUUCUCCAGUCCAGAAAAUCAGGACUUUAA